GGCGGCGGGGCCGGGGCCGGUGGCCGUGCCGGGGCCGGUGGCCGUGCCGGGCUGUGCCGGUGCUGGGGUAGCUGCGGGCCGUGGGUGAUCCGGGCGGGCUGGCUGUGGUGCUGUCCCCCGCAGUCCCCCGCAGUUCCCGGUAUGGCGGAGGCGGCCGGCGAUGCGGGGCCGGGCCCGGAGCUGGCGGCCGUGAUCGGCGCCACCGUGCCCACGGGCUUCGAGCACACGGCGGCCGAGGAGGUGCGGGAGAAGCUGGGCUCGGCCUCCAGGAUCAGCCGGGAUCGCGGCAAGAUCUACUUCGAGGUCCCGGCCCGGAGCCUGCCUCAGGUCCAUCGUCUGAGGUCAGUGGAUAAUUUAUUUGUUGUUGUUCAGGAGUUCAAAGACUAUCAAUUUGAAGAAAAUAAGGAAGAUGCUCUAAAGCAUUUGGAAGAUUUGGUUAAAAAGCUGCCCUGGACCGACCCAUUGAAAGUUUGGGAGUUGAACAACAGCCUGAAAAAGAAGAAGACAAAACGCAAAAAACACAACCUGCAGGGUCCUGCAAGCAGAGAGAAGCUGAGUGGUGCUGGAGAAGAGGGAGGAGCUGACCAAAGUACCACUGAUGAGCAGGAGGACUGUGCACAAAACCCUGUGGAGACAGAGACUCCCCAGGGAGUGCCAUCCAGGAACGGGCUGGAGGAGGAGGAAGAUAAUGAGGCAGAUGUGAAAGCUGGAGGGCAGGAGGGUUCUGGUGCCAGUGAGGCGGGCGCAGGGGAGAGGGUGCUGAGGUUCCGAGUGACCUGCAGCAGGGCUGGGGACAGGCACAGCUUCACCUCCAACGAGGCCGCCAGGGACUUCGGGGGCGCCGUGCAGGAGCACUUCCAGUGGAAAGCUGACAUGACCAAUUUCGAUGUGGAGGUUCUUCUGAAUAUUCACAACAAUGAAGUUGUGGUGGGAAUUGCAUUAACUGAAGAGAGUCUCCACAGAAGGAAUAUCACUCACUUUGGGCCCACAACGCUGCGUUCCACCCUGGCUUAUGGCAUGCUCAGACUCUGUGAUCCCCAGCCCACUGAUAUCAUAGUUGAUCCCAUGUGUGGUACAGGUGCGAUACCAAUAGAGGGAGCUGCAGAAUGGCCCAACUGCUACCACAUUGCAGGGGAUAACAGCCCUCAGGCAGUGAAGAGAGCAGCUAACAACAUCUGCUCCUUACUGAGGAAAAACGAGAGCAAGGACAGCAGCGCUGCCCUGGGCGUCCCCUUGGACGUCAUCCAGUGGGACAUCUGCAACCUGCCCCUGCGCACUGGCUCCGUGGACAUCGUGGUGACAGACAUGCCCUUCGGGAAGAGGAUAGGGUCGAAGAAGAAGAACUGGGAUCUCUACCCAGCCUGCCUGAUGGAGAUGGGUCGGAUCUGCACCCCAGGGACAGGCAGGGCUGUGCUGCUGACCCAGGACAAGAAAUGCUUUGCCAAGGCCCUGUCCCGGGUGGGGCACAUCUGGCGCAGAGCUCAGACGGUGUGGGUGAACGUGGGCGGGCUGCACGUGGCUGUCUACCUGCUGAGGCGCACGGCGGAGCGCGCCGAGGAGCGAGCACACUGCUGACCGGGAGCACAGAGAGACAGCCGGGGUGCAGGGAGCCAGCUGGGACACUGCACCCCAGAGAGAGACACCCUGCAGUGCUGGAGAGCCAGCUGGGACACUGCACCCCAGAGAGAGACACCCUGCAGUGCUGGGACACUGCACCCCAGAGAGAGAGAGAGACACCCCAGGGUGCAGGGAGCCAGCUGGGACACUGCACCCCAGAGAGAGAGAGAGACACCCCAGGGUGCAGGGAGCCAGCUGGGACACUGCACCCCAGAGAGAGACACCCCGGGGUGCAGGGAGCCAGCUGGGACACUGCACCCCAGAGAGAGAGAGAGACACCCCGGGGUGCAGGGAGCCAGCUGGGACAGCAGCACCCCAGGGCACAGCUCUGUCGCUUUCAAAACCAAACAACCUGCGGAGAAAUUGUCACACCAGUGUUAAACCAGGGAUCAACUUGAGAGCUUCCAGUUCUACUGUGUGUUCUGAAACCUUAGUAUUUAAAUCACCUCUGCUCCCUUCCACCCAAACUGAAAUUCUUUAGUGGAAUUAGUAAUUCUUUCCUUGGCUUCAAUCUUCUUUUGUAUUUUUCAGUUAAACGUUUAUUUCUUCUGCUUACAGUAGAAAACAGGUGGAGGCAGCUCUGGGGUAACAGUUUAUUUAUUAACCAGGCUGUAUCAUCAAGUGACUAACAGUACUACUCAGUCACCUUAAAGGGUUCAGAGUUAGUAUCUCUAAUGUAGUGUUCUAAUUUAUACCAUUGCUCAUAUGUAAACUAAUAACAAACCAGUAUCUGGUUUUUGUGGUCUGAUAAGGAAAUUCCAGCUGGCAAACAUGGAAGUAUGCUGUGCUACUGGUUCUCUUGCCUGUUACCUCAUCUUAGGGCUAAUCACUGGUAAAAGUCUGAUCUGUAUUUUAGUUUCCAUUGCCAUGGGUGAGGGGAUAACACACAGCCUUAGAAAACAGUCUGUAGUUACUGUUUGAGGACAGAGAUUCUUUUAGCAGUUAUAUUAAAAAGUUCAUGGUUUCAGUGUCUACCAUGGAUGCAUCAAGGUGGCAGUUUGAAUUUCUUAGGUAAUUUAACCACCACAGUUAUACUGUCACAGUAUUCACAAAAAUAUUGUUGCAAAUAUUUUUUUCUUCUGUGACUGUACUAUGAUUUCUCAGGCCUCUUACUCUGCUCAUCAGAGGCUGAAAACACAUUGCUAGUUUGCCCUUUCCAUUACAGUGUGUUCAUGCUAAGUAUGUGUAACUGUUCAGAGGUGAAUUAACAAGUAUUAAAGUUUUAGAAAUUUUGCAUAAAGA